AAUGCUUUUGGUACCCACUAAACAUCAAAUGACAUGACCAUUCUCAUCUAAAAUAAAUUCAAUCAGUCCUUCAAUUUAGACUCUGAAAAAACAAACAAAUCAAGCCUAGUACACAAACACAGGUGCAUGGCUCAUCAGGUUGAAGAAGGUGGAUGGCCUUUAGGUUUACAGCCUCUGAAUAUGAGAUCUGUCUCAUUCAGUACUUUUAUUAGUGGUUCUCCUUCAUCUCUCUCACAUUCUUCUUCAGAUUUGGACACUGAGUCCACGGGAUCUUUCUUUCACGAUAGGAGCAUCACUCUAGGAAACCUCUUGGGUGUGUCAAGCAUUGUAGAGCUCUCGAGGAGAAGACACAAAACGGUAUCAGAAUCAGUAUCAUUAGGAACCAACACAAAAUCAAACACGAAAUUUAAACCUUGGUGUUUUGGUCUUUGUUUAUGCCAAAGAGACAAUGAUGAUGAUAUCGUCAACACUUCUAAUAACAAUAUUAUACCUCUUGGCCAUUUUCUUGAAGUUGAAAGAAGGGCGGCUCAAGAUAUAAAUCGACAAGGUCAACAUAGUCCACUUAUUUAUGGACCGGAUGAGCUCGCAUUGGCUCAACCUUUCGGGGAGUCAUUAAACUCCUUAUUCUCGGAUGGGCAAAUCGUGCCUCCAACUAUGUCAAGCCAGUGGCCUAAUUCGGAUACUAGUUAUGGGAGAAGAGAUGGAAGAGGGUUCAUAACUCCAUGUUUUUGAAGUUUUUUACGUUUCUUAUAUUGUUAAAAUACUCAAAUUCAAGUUACUUUCAUGUUUUUUUUUUUGAAGUUUUUUAUUUUGUUUGUUAAGAACUUAAGAUAUGGUGAGCUAGCAUCCAAAGUUUUGUUCUCU